UUUGCAACAACACGACUGUGCUUAAAUCUUGAUGCUAACUGAAUUUUUUUGGUGAACUAUCCCUUUAAGUGCUGCAGUCUCAGAUAUACGACAGUGCAAAUCACAGGACAGAUGCAACUGUAUAUUAGAGAAUGUACAAGAAAUCAACAGUGUUGUUAAACAGACAUAAAAGCAUUUUCCCCCCUUUUAAAUGUUAAAAUUAAUAGAUUCUUGUUACUUGUCAGUCAGAAGAGAGAAAGAACUCAGGAACUUUGCUUCUUGCUCUCAUUUGGUCUGUGUUUCUAGAGCUCCUACACAUAUCAGUUCACUCAUACACAACUAAGUAACACCACAGCCUUGUGUGCAUGACCUGGAACAUGGACAUUGGGAAACAUUGGGAGAAAGACUUUCACUCUCAGCAGAAACUGUAAUGUAAAUUAUGAAUGGCUGCUACAGCUCUGAAAUAUCUGGUCUCAUUCUUGGCUAGUUACUACCAGCCAGCUGCACAUUAAACUUUUAUGGCUCUGUUUUGAACUUCAGAAUUUUUUGCCCACCUUUGUACUUUGACUCAUGGGUGAGUGACGCAUCUUCAAGUAGCCCUGAAACUCUGUCGCUUGUCCACCAUCGAAAUAGGAUUUGUGCCCAUCAACACCCAUAAAGGUCAGGCGGCGAGUAGACUUUAGAGAUUAAAGAGGAACUCAACACAGGUGGCAGACCUCAGGCCCAACCUGGAGCUGUUUGUGGCUCGAGAGCACGUCCAGGAAGUAAUGAAAUCCCGGCUUGGCUGGCGACGCUCAUUGGCAUUCAUACACCGUCUGCCUCGAUUUCCCGCCAUCGGCUGUGUGUCCCAGGAUACGCAAAUUGCCAGGUCUUCUCCUCCUGUCCACACCGCUUCGCUGGCUGCUCCUGGUUUCUGGAGAACGCCUCCUCUCCACACUGCCUCGGACACCAGAAACCUGCCGCCACGUCAAUCACGUCCUCACAGCUGGGUAAUUCAUUUCAAGUGCAAAUUGCAGCCAUCUUCACUUGAGAGAGGCUGCAGGGCGGCCCUUGUGGCCGGGAUGCCACUGUGUACCUUGCCAGUCGGCGGUGGAUCCUGAGGGGCAGGAGCUGCCCACCCAGUGCAGGGGGCAAAGGAACAAGCACCCUGACCACGACAUGAAUCUCUGCUGGAACGAGAUCAAACGCAAAUCCCACAACAUCAGGGUGCGGCUGGAGGCCUUUUCGGACAACAGUGGGAAGCUCCAGCUGUCCCUGCAGGAGAUCAUUGAAUGGCUGACAGCUAAAGACGAGGAGCUGUCCGAGCAGCUGCCCAUAGGUGGUGAUGUCGGAGCGGUGCAGCACCAGCGGGAGUUCCACCAGGCUUUCAUGGAAGAUGUCAAAUCCAGAGGGCCUUACAUCUACUCUGUUUUGGAAUCUGCUCAGACCUUCCUGGUACAACACCCAUUCCAAGAGCCUGAGGAGACGUUGCCUGAUGGCAAAGAAGUCUCUCCUCGCCGGCGUAUGCUGAAUGUAAGUCGCUCCGUGUGGAAGCAGGCCAACGUGGCCAGUGACCUGUGGGAGAAGUUGACCGCGCGCUGCGUGGACCGACACCGGCACAUGGAGCGAACCCUGGAGAGGCUGCUGCAGAUCCAGGCCACCAUGGAGGAGCUGGCUGUGGCUCUGGAGCAGGCGGAGGGAGUGAGGGACGCCUGGGAGCCUGUGGGAGACCUGUUUAUUGAUUCGCUGCAGGACCAUAUAGAUGCUACCAAGCUGUUUAAAGAAGAGCUGUCGCAGGUGAAGGAAGGAAUGAAACACAUAAAUGACCUAGCACAUCAGCUGGCCAUAUCUGAUGUGCACUUGUCCAUGGAGAACGCCAGAGCUCUGGAGCACCUCAACAACAGAUGGAAACUUCUGCAGGGGUCAAUUGAAGAACGUCUGAAACAGUUGCAGGAUGCCCAUAGAGAUUUUGGACCUGGAUCACAGCACUUCCUUUCCAGCUCUGUGCAGAUUCCUUGGGAACGUGCCAUAUCCCCCAACAAAGUGCCAUACUACAUCAACCAUCAGGCUCAGACAACCUGCUGGGACCAUCCAAAGAUGACUGAAUUAUACCAAGCUCUGGCGGACCUGAACAAUAUCAGGUUCUCUGCAUACCGGACGGCCAUGAAGCUGAGGCAUGUGCAGAAGGCUUUAAGAUUGGACCUGCUGAAGUUAAGCAGCUUGGUGGAUGUGUUUAGAGAACAGGAGCUGCAGCAUGCCGAGCAUGUGAUGGAUGUGGUCGAGGUCAUCCACGCUCUCACUUCCCUGUAUGAGAAACUUGAGGAGGAGAGAUCCGUCCUGAUCAAUAUCCCCCUGUGCGUCGACAUGUGUCUCAACUGGCUGCUGAAUGUUUACGACAGUGGUCGUAAUGGUAAGAUGCGAGUGCUCUCCUUCAAGAUGAGCCUGGUUAUUCUAUGCAACGCAGACAUCCAGGAAAAGUAUAAAUACCUUUUCAGACAGGUGUGUGGUCCAGGUGGACUGACAGAUCAGAAACAUCUCAGUCUGUUACUGCACGAGGCUAUUCAGAUCCCUCGGCAGCUCGGGGAGGUGGCGGCAUUUGGAGGGAGCAACGUGGAGCCCAGUGUCCGCAGCUGCUUUCGAAUGGCUCCAGGUAAGUCAGCAAUUGAGGUGUCUCACUUUCUGGAGUGGAUGGGGCUAGAGCCUCAGUCGGUGGUGUGGCUUCCUGUUUUGCACCGGGUGACCGUGGCCGAGACAGCCAAGCACCAGGCACGCUGCUACAUCUGUAAGCAGUGCCCUAUAAAGGGCUUCAGAUACCGAAGUCUGAAACAGUUCAAUGUGGACAUCUGCCAGACGUGUUUUCUGACAGGCAGAACUACCAAGGGCAAGAAACUACACUACCCCAUCAUGGAGUACUACACCCCGACGACCUCAGGCGAGAAGAUGCGAGACUUCGCAAAGACGCUAAAGAACAAGUUCCGCUCGAAGCAGUAUUUUAGUAAACACCCUCAGAGGGGAUACCUGCCUGUUCAAUCAGUACUGGAGGUGGAGAGCUCUGAGACGCCCUGCUCAUCUCCCAGGCUGCCUCAUGCGGACACACACAGCCGGAUCGAGCAUUUUGCCAGCAGGUUGGCAGAAAUGGAGAACCAGAACUGUUCCUUUUUCACCGACAGUCUCUCUCCGGAUGAAAGUUUGGAUGAAGAUCAGUACCUCCUACGUCACUCCAGCCCCGCCCUCGAGCAGGACUCCCCCCACGGCCACCUGCUGGCCCACCUGGACUGCCAGGACAGAGAAGAGCUGCAGCACACCCUCCAGCGCCUUGAAAACGAGAACAGGGUGCUGCAGGGUGAGUAUCGACGGCUGAAGUGGAAGCAUGAAGAGGCAGCAGCAUCACCCCAGCUGCUGGAGUCAGGUCCAGGUUCACCGGCCGGUCAGCAGGACCAGGAGCUCCUAGCCGAGGCUCGAAUCCUUCGACAGCACAAGACCCGUCUAGAGACGCGCAUGCAGAUUCUGGAGGACCACAACAAGCAACUGGAGUCGCAGCUAUGCAGACUCAGAGAAUUACUGCUGCAGCCCAAAGAUGACUCUGAGGCCAAUGGCUCGGCUCCUUCCUCUCUGUCCUCUCCUGUGUCAGGGGGUGACCACCAGGGGGAGCUUCCCAGCAGAGAGACCACAGACGCUGCAGGUGAGGAUUUGGAUCACGAGCAGGACACCGUACUGCAGCUGCAGCAGGUAAUCGAACAGCUGAGGAACGUCUUCCCAUCUGAGCCAGGUCCAUGAGGAACCUGAUGCAAAACUCAGAGGCCUAUAAUUGUGCAGGUGUCGUAUUGCGCAUCUUAUUGUGGGCAGGGUCUUGAGAAUGCUGGGCAGGUGAAUCCAUGGACAGACGAUGGGGCUACGAGAAGAGUUUCAAGACAACCUCCUCAGUCUGCACCCAUUUGCCAGUCCCAAAGAGCUGUGGGAUAUCUGAGUGCUAACUAAACAAACUAAUGUUUACAUGGUGCCAAAGGCCUGCACUGAUCCGGACACUGUGCUAACCUGUGUAGUAAUGCAAGGUGUGUGGCUUGCUUCAUCAGUACAGCACAAGAACCACAAACAGGACUUACACCACGCAGAAGGGGAUCUCUCUUAAGGUAUCCCUGUGCCAGCAACCUCUCUGUGUGUAUGUUUUUUUUUUUUAAUUUUAAAAUGGUUUACUAUUUUCUGUGACUCACUCAUGCACAUAAACACAAAUAUACACAUUUACUGAUGGUAAGUCAUGCUUGGCAAUGCGUGGCCCUUGUUCUGUGAAGCAGAAAAGAGCAGAUUGUCCUGAACUGUCAGGACACACAGCAAGCUUAUUUACACUGUAAGGAUGACACAUCUUUGGUUGAGGCUACCAUUUAUUUAAGAUGCCAAAGUGCCCAUGAGCAUUGUGCUCCUGCCCUGAUGUUCCUUCUCUUUUUUCCCCUGCUCUUUCUCUCCUACAUAAAGUACUGUUCCAUUAAUCUUAAAUGCAUAUACUGUAUAUACAAUACAGGUCAAAAGUUUGGAAACAUUACUAUUUUUAAUGUUUUUAGUCUCUUCUGCUCAUCAAGC